AUAAAGUUUUAAGAAAGCAUCACACGCUUUUCGCGGUCAUUUUUUUAUUCUAGACCGGUCUUCCGCAAGGUGUCUCUGCUGUCGAUCGUUGCAUUCCGCUCGCACAUUGGAAAGGCGUCACCAUGGGGCGACGUCCCGCUAGGUGUUAUCGCUACUGCAAAAACAAGCCUUAUCCCAAGUCUCGGUUCUGUCGAGGUGUCCCUGACUCCAAGAUCAGGAUCUUCGACUUGGGCAGGAAGAAGGCUAGGGUAGAAGACUUCCCCCUGUGUGUGCAUCUUGUGUCUGACGAGUAUGAACAGCUGUCGUCCGAGGCCCUUGAGGCAGGACGCAUUUGCUGCAACAAGUACUUGGUCAAGAACUGCGGCAAGGACCAGUUCCACAUUCGCAUGAGACUUCAUCCCUUCCAUGUGAUCCGCAUCAACAAGAUGUUGUCCUGCGCCGGAGCUGAUAGGCUUCAAACUGGAAUGCGUGGUGCUUUUGGCAAGCCCCAGGGUACAGUUGCGCGUGUGAACAUUGGCCAGCCCAUCAUGUCUGUGCGCUCAAGUGACCGUCAUAAGGCUUCAGUCAUCGAGGCUUUGAGGCGUGCCAAGUUCAAGUUCCCUGGUCGCCAGAAGAUCUACAUCUCGAAGAAGUGGGGAUUCACCAAGUAUGAGAAGGAUGAGUAUGAAGCCUUGAAGGAAGGUGGAAGGUUGGAGAAUGAUGGUUGCAACGUCAAGUACAGGCCCGAGCAUGGCCCCCUUGAUAGCUGGAAGAACUGGCAGAGGACACUUGCCGAAGCUUAGUUCUUAUUUGUUAUCAACCUUCCAAUAAAGAUCAUUCUUUCGUGUAACUAAA